CAUUGGUUGUCAACAUUGUAUCAGACAAAAGGGGAACAUAUCAAAUAUCAAAGCAAAGAAUUGAGUUUUCAUUUAUGUAUCAUUACGGCUGAGAGACUACUUUUAUAUUUUGCAGGAACAAGUGGUGGCAACAAUAGCAAAACCAGAACUAUUAUCAUUGUUGUAGUAUCAGUUGCAGCUUCCCUGAUGUUAGCCAUUUUCGCAUUCGUUCUGUUUAGAAAGAGAACAAAACGAAAACCAGAGGAACAACAUCAGACUGACGAUAUUAGCAACUUCAUCGAAUCUCUCAAAUAUUCCUUCACCACACUUAGAGAAGCCACAAAUGAUUUCUCGGAUGUUAACAAGCUCGGUCAGGGUGGUUUUGGCACCGUUUACAAGGGCGUACUUCCAAAUGGCCAAGAAAUAGCAGUGAAGAGAUUGGCCGAGAACUCGGGACAAGGAGAUGUGGAAUUCAAGAACGAGGUCUUAUUGUUAGCAAAACUACAACAUAGGAAUUUGGUUAGACUUUUGGGCUAUUGCCUAGAAGGAACCGAGAAGCUUCUUGUGUACGAAUUCGUGCAGAAUGCGAGCUUGGAUCAAUUUAUAUUUGGUAAUAUGGUUAUCACAAUUUUUUUGUUAAAAGUUAAUAUUAUUAGAGAUUGACUUGGAAUUCAAACUAAUUUUCUACAUGUAGACCCAGUCAAACGCUCAUACUUAGAUUGGGAAAAACGGUACAAGAUCAUACGGGGCAUAGCAAGGGGAAUCUUGUACUUGCAUGAAGAUUCUCAGCUUAGGAUCAUUCACCGUGAUCUAAAACCCAACAAUGUACUUUUAGAUGGUUUGAUGAACCCUAAAAUCGCAGACUUUGGCAUGGCGAGGCUAUUUGGACAAGAUGAAACUCAAGGAAAUACAAGCAGGAUUGCUGGAACAUUCGGAUAUAUGGCUCCGGAAUACGCAAUGCACGGCCAGUUUUCAGUUAAGUCGGAUGUCUUCAGCUUUGGUGUGCUCGUCUUGGAAAUCAUUAGUGGCGAGAAAAAUAACUGCGUGCGGCGUGGGGAGAACAUAGAACACCUCUUGAGCUUUGCUUGGAAAAAUUGGAAAGAUAGUAUAGCUGCAAAUAUUGUGGAUCCUUGCCUGAGGUCUGGUUUGGGUUCGAUAAGGGAGAUUUUGAGAUGCAUUCAUAUUGGUUUGUUGUGUGUUCAAGAGAAUCCGGCUGAUAGACCAACAAUGGCUUCUGUUGUACUAAUGCUUAAUAGCUUCUCAUUAACUCUGGCGGCUCCUUCUGAGCCUGCAUUCUAUAUGCCGAGUGACUAUGGCUCAGAUUCUUCACUCCUUCAGGAGCAUCGUUUGAGGGAAUCCGACUAUAAAAAUUCAUCGAAAAGCAGCAUACCAUCUGAUAAGUCUUCAUCAAGAAAUGAUGCGUCGAUCACGGACUUAUAUCCACGUUGACCUGUGAGAAGAUUGCCAAAGUUUUAUAUGUGGGGGCUGUUGUUAACUUGUUAUAUUAUGUUGUCUGAAUGAAUACUUGUCCAUUGUUGAGUUCUUGCAAUACACUAUUCAUGUCGUUUGUUUCCAUUUUUUGUAGCAAUAUCAUGUAUAUCAUUUAGUAUGUAAGUUCUAUUUAGGCUAAGUUUUAUUUUAUUGGCUUUGUGUUUUAUAAUGUGGAACUCAGAUUACUUUUUAGAUAAUUUUAUCUAUUUAUUU